GGCGCCCCUGUCUUGCGCGAUGCAAGCGAACAGCAGCCGCUCCAAUUUAAGCGCUCAAUCCUCCGGCACGCCUUCGGCCUCAACGAUCUCCUCGUCCCAGGGCAAACAACAAGUUGUCGAACUAUCGGGCUAUGUUAUUAUACUCGUCGAGAAUGUGGAGGGUAAAAUUAAAUUAUACGGCUCACCGCCCGAUCGCGAUAAUCUGGAAGUGGGCGAUGAGAUACUCGAGGUCAAUGGCCUGACCCUGGAGAAUAUAUCGCGCACGGAGGUCAUUCGCCACAUACACGACUGCAUCAAAUCCUGUACCAUCUGUCUACGUGUGCGAAAGAAGAAUGAUUCACGCCUGGCCUGGGAUAUUGGCAACUCGGUGCAGGACGCCUUCGUCAUCGCCGUGGAGGAGCACGCCCGCGAGCGUCUGCAAAGAUUGGCGGCCUUGAACCGGGUCACGCCCGUCGACAUCACCCAGCUGUCCAAGAAGCUGCAGCAAACGAAGAGCGGUACUGCAACAAGUCAGCGGCAGGACCUCAGCUUCCUGAACGAGUCGACGCCGAUCUAUGUGACGUCCUUCACCAGCAACCAGAUCACCUGCAGCAGCUCCACCAUGACGACGGCCACCGCCGGAGGACCGAUAAGUGCACCAUCGCUGGCCCCGACGACGGCCACCACCACCGUGCCCACGGCAUCGUCGCACACCACCACGGUGGUGGCCCAGAUCGAGCAUGGGGCAGCAUCGGCGCUGGUUAGUGCCGCAGUGGCCGCGGCCACCGCCGCCGAUCGCAAUGCCAAUAACACCACCUCGGCGGCCCUGAAACAGACUGUGAAUUGCAUUGGCAAUAGCGCCGCCAGCACGGCCAGCACCACCGGUAGCUCCACCAGCAGUGCCACGGGUCACAUUUACCAGACCAGCCAGGCGCAGCAGCAGCAGUUGCAACAGCUGCAGCAGCAACUUGCGGCAGCAGCGGCGGCAGGGAAGCCCCUUCAGGCCAAGUCCCUGCUGGCCAGCAGCUUGCAACAUCUCGCCGAGGAGGUGGACAACGAGGAUCUGGACGACGAUGACGAUGUGGAUGGGGCCAACUACUGUGGCAUCACCUACAUCAGCUACAACAACAAGCAUGCCCAGUUGCCCACGACGACGUUGCCGGCCACCACCGCUUUGCCAGCGGCAGCUGCCACUUUGGCCACCACCGCAGCGAUCCACCACCAGAGGCAGCAGCAGCACCACCAUCAUCAGAAUUAUCCAGGAGGAGGAGGAGCAGUUGCAGUUGCAUCUUCUGGCAAUCAACUCAAUCGAGCCACUGCACCGGCACCACUGCAACUUGGAGGUCCUGUGAAUCCCAGUUUUGUGGAUGCCCAGACAUCCACUUCACCGCUGAUGGCCAGUUGCGAGAUUAGGAUGCAGCAAGAUCCGCCAACGGAGCGGCAUGUCCAUGGCACCACCACUCCGAAAACGGAGUACUCCACGGCCAUUUCCAGUGGCCAAUUGCAGCAGGCCUUUGCCGAAUUGCAGCUGCACUCCAGCAACAAUAAUGCAACACAGCAACAGCAACAUUUACUUUUAAGCAACAACAAUAAUAGCAAUAAUUCAAUGGCAGCGGCACAAACAACGGCAUCUCUAAUGAAGAAUUGUGAUCUACUGAUAUCGAACAAUCUGUAUCCACCGAGAAGAGAGUUACUAGAAGACGUCAUCGUCCAUCAAGCCAGUGAUGUCUAUUCAUACGGCACGAGUGCAACAGCAGCAAUCGCCAGUAGCAGCAACAGAUCACAACAGCAACAUCAGUUGCUGAGUGCCGCCUACGAGUUGCAGCAGCAACAACAGCAACAGCAACAGCAACAGCAAUUGCAACUGCAACAGCACCAACAGAACAGUCCCACAAGUAGCAUAUCAAUAGGAAGAACUGAACUUUUACUGGGCGAUCAGAGUCUGCGACAGGAUCCCAAAGGGAAUCGCCGGCGCUCCGGCUCAAGCAUUGUUGUGCUGGACGGGGACGACCUGAAGCCAUGUCUGCCGGAUGACUACAUAAGCGGCCAGCACCACCUGAACCACCAGCAGCAGCUGCAACUGCAGCAGCAGCUACAGCAGCAACAUCCGCUCCAGCAGCAACACUACCGCACGCACUCGGGCGACAUCAGGGAGAUUGACCAGGAAAUGCUGACCAUGCUGUCCGUGAACCAAGAUAACGGUCCACACCGUGAGAUGGCCGUCGAUUGUCCGGACACGUUCAUCGCACGUAACAAGACGCCACCCAGAUAUCCGCCUCCCCGUCCACCGCAGAAAUACAAGAAAAGCACCACCAACACCACCACAAUCACAGCUAUGACUAACAAUGAUCAUGCUAACUUUGUGUUAAUUGCUGCAUAUCAUUCUUCACAUCAACAUGAACAACUUCAACAACAACUACAACAACAACCACCACCAUCACCACAUCAUGAACAACAACACCCAUCAAAAACAACAACAAUUGCACUCGAUGUGGCCACACAAAAUCUGUACAAUCAAAAACAACAAAACAAAUUGGAACAAAUCGAAAACUAUGAAAAUUGCCUGCAAUCGGAACAACACGAACAACUUGAGCAGAAGCAACAGCAACAUCAGCAACAAUUGCAAGUAGCAACCGCAACAGCAGCAACACAAAUCGCCCAACAACAAACGCCCAGCCACAAGUUGCAGGCAACACUAAGUAGCGAUCCUAAUGGCAAUAGCAAUGCAAGUGCCAACGGCGGCAACAGCAACACCAACACCGUCGGCAGCAGCAGCAGCAACAGCAACAACAGCAGCAUCACGGACGACUUCCUAUGCGUUGUGGAUGGUCUAUAUCAAGGACGCAAGGAAUCUGCCUCGCCCUCGUCGAGCGCCUUCGACGAGGUGAUGAGCAAACAUACCCUGGACUCCUUUGGCAGCAUCGCCUAUCGUCACCUGCACCAGCAACAUCAGGCGACGAGCAACGGCAAUGGCAGCAGCAACAGCAAUAGUAACUGCAACAGCAACAGCAAUACCAGCAACAACACGGCCGAGUCGAGUAAAACAAAUGCAGCGGUCGGGGUCACCAACAGCAGCAACAGCAACUCGCUGAACAGCAGCAACAGCUCGAUGCACACCAGCAGCAGCAGCAGCGGUCACAGCAGCAACAUUGCCAGUGCCACAUCCACCAGCAGUUCAACGGUGCCCGAUGACUUGAGCUUGGCGCCCCCUGGUUACGAGGUGAGCCAGCAGCAGCAGCAGCAACAUCAGGUUGCUCCCGUUUCGGCGUUGCUGCCACCGAUGGCCAAGCAUCGCGAGUUGCCCGUGGAUGUUCCAGACAGCUUUAUCGAGAUGGUGAAGACUCCGCCAAGAUAUCCGCCACCUGCCCAUCUCUCUUCUCGCGGAUCACUUUUAUCGAACGGCAGCGCCUCCACCGCCCACACCACGCUCUCCUCGCUGGGCGUGUCGCCUGCAGCUGCAACAGCUGCAACAGCAACAGCAGCAACAUCAGCGACAUCACCGACAGCAGCAACAUCAGCAUGUGCAACCGCAAGUGUUGCUGCUGCGGUCUCUGGUGUUGCUGACGUUGGUGAUGCGAGGCGGGUGGCCGAUGAGCUCAAUGGGAAUGCGAAGCCCGUACCGCCGCCCCGUGAUCACUUACGGGUGGAAAAGGAUGGGCGUCUGGUCAACUGCUCUCCUGCCCCCCAACUUCCGGAUCGCCGGGCGCCGGGAAAUGCGAGCAGCGGCGGUCCACCGCAUCCGCUGCAGCAACAGCAGAUCGCCCAGAUAGUGGAGCCCACUCUGGAGCAGCUGGACAGCAUCAAGAAAUACCAGGAGCAACUGCGCCGACGACGGGAGGAGGAGGAGCGCAUAGCGCAGCAAAAUGAGUUCCUGCGGAACAGUCUUCGCGGCUCCCGGAAGCUGAAGGCGCUCCAGGACACGGCCACGCCCGGAAAGGCGGUGGCCCAGCAGCAGCAGCAACAGGCAACGCAGGCCACUCAGGUGGUGGGCGUGGAGAAUGAGGCGUAUCUGCCCGACGAGGACCAGCCGCAGCCGGAGCAGAUCGAUGGCUAUGGCGAGCUGAUAGCGGCCCUCACCCGCCUGCAGAAUCAGUUGAGCAAGAGCGGGCUGAGCACGCUGGCGGGUCGCGUCUCGGCCGCCCACAGUGUCCUGGCCAGCGCCAGUGUGGCCCAUGUCCUGGCCGCCCGCACGGCUGUGCUCCAGCGACGGCGUUCCCGGCUCUCCGGCCCACUGCAUCACAGUGCCCUCGGACUGCAGAAGGACAUCGUGGAGCUGCUGACGCAAUCGAAUACGGCGGCGGCCAUCGAGCUGGGCAACCUGCUGACCAGCCACGAAAUGGAGGGCCUGCUCCUGGCCCACGAUCGCAUUGCCAACCACACGGAUGGCACGCCCUCGCCCACGCCCACGCCCACUCCGGCCAUCGGAGGAGGCGGUGGAGGAGGAGCGGGAUCCACACUCAGUGGUCACAGCAGUCCGGUGGCAGGACCUAAGCGAAACCUCGGCAUGGUGGUGCCCCCGCCCGUGGUGCCGCCACCACUGGCGCAGCGCGGAGCCAUGCCACUGCCCCGCGGGGAAUCCCCGCCGCCGGUUCCCAUGCCACCGCUGGCCACAAUGCCCAUGUCCAUGCCCGUAUCACUGCCGAUGAGUGCGUGCUUCGGCACACUGAACGAUCAGAACGACAACAUCCGGAUCAUACAGAUCGAGAAGUCAACGGAGCCGCUGGGCGCCACGGUUCGCAACGAAGGCGAGGCGGUGGUCAUCGGGAGGAUUGUGCGCGGUGGGGCGGCGGAGAAGUCGGGACUGCUGCACGAAGGCGACGAGAUCCUGGAGGUCAAUGGCCAGGAGCUGCGGGGCAAGACGGUGAACGAGGUGUGCGCCCUCUUGGGCGCCAUGCAGGGCACUCUGACCUUCCUGAUUGUCCCAGCGGGCAGUCCACCGUCCGGCGGAGUGAUGGGUGGAACCACCGGGAACACACUCUCCGGACUGGGUGGAGCACAUCGCGACACUGCCGUGCUGCAUGUACGGGCGCACUUCGACUACGAUCCGGAGGACGAUCUGUACAUACCCUGCCGCGAGCUGGGCAUCAGUUUCCAGAAGGGCGAUGUCCUGCAUGUGAUCAGCCGCGAGGAUCCCAACUGGUGGCAGGCGUAUCGCGAGGGCGAGGAGGACCAGACCCUGGCCGGUCUCAUUCCUAGUCAGUCGUUCCAGCAUCAGCGCGAGACCAUGAAGCUGGCCAUUGCGGAGGAGGCGGGCCUGGCCCGGUCCCGGGGCAAGGACGGAUCGGGCAGCAAAGGAGCCACCCUCCUUUGUGCGCGCAAGGGUCGCAAAAAGAAGAAGAAGGCCAGCUCUGAGGCGGGGUAUCCCUUGUACGCCACCACGGCGCCGGAUGAAACGGACCCGGAGGAGAUACUCACCUACGAGGAGGUGGCCCUGUACUAUCCCCGCGCCACCCACAAGCGGCCCAUCGUCCUCAUCGGCCCGCCCAACAUUGGAAGACAUGAGCUGCGCCAGCGCCUGAUGGCCGACUCGGAGCGGUUCUCCGCCGCAGUGCCACACACAUCACGAGCCCGCAGGGAGGGUGAAGUGCCCGGAGUCGACUACCACUUUAUCACGCGUCAGGCCUUCGAGGCGGAUAUUCUGGCUCGCCGCUUUGUGGAGCACGGCGAAUACGAGAAGGCCUACUACGGCACAUCACUGGAGGCCAUACGCACGGUGGUGGCCAGCGGCAAGAUCUGUGUGCUCAACCUGCAUCCGCAGAGCCUCAAGCUGCUGCGCGCCUCCGACCUCAAGCCUUAUGUGGUGCUGGUGGCGCCGCCCAGUCUGGACAAGCUGCGCCAAAAGAAGCUGCGCAACGGCGAACCUUUCAAGGAGGAAGAGCUCAAAGACAUCAUUGCCACGGCCAGGGACAUGGAGGCCCGUUGGGGUCACCUAUUUGAUAUGAUCAUCAUCAACAACGACACGGAGCGCGCCUACCACCAGCUGCUGGCCGAGAUAAACUCGCUGGAACGGGAGCCGCAAUGGGUGCCCGCCCAGUGGGUGCACAACAAUCGCGACGAGUCAUAAUGGGGUGUUGUCCAUCCCCACUACAUCUACUACGCCCACUUCCCCCGAGGAUCCACCCGCCUACACCCCCAAAAACCCAAACUCUUUGUAAAUACAAUUUUCAAUUGAGCCAUGAAGCGGAGGGCAGGAUCGAUUCCAGUCCAGUAGUUCGGUUUGCCUGCCGAAGCGAUUACCCCAUACCCCUCCAAUAUUAUAUAUAUAUAUAUAUUUAUACUAUUCGUUGCAUAUAUGCAUUUUAGUCUUAGAGCGAAAGGUUUUUAAUCGUGUGUUUCUCCCUGUUUUGAAAGCAUUCCAACCUCUUUAUGUAUGUUCACAAAAUUUGUUGUUCGAUGAACCACUAUUGGAGAUGCCGCAGAAAAAUCUAGUUAUAUGGAAUCACCAGUUAAGUUUACAACUUUGUGAAGAUUGCGCUAUAUGCUAGAAUUAAAAAGUAAUUUCAAAUCAUUAGUGAUUUCUGUGGCAUUGCCGUUUAUAUUUUUUUUUUUACGACUACCACUAACUUAUAUUGUAAACGUAUUUUUUUGUUUAAACUAAGCUUGAGCACUUCCUUAAUUUCAAAGGGGCAAAUUGGAAUUGUAAAAUAACGAAUGAGCGAUGGAAGGAAUAGGAGCCCAAAGGCCAGAAUCGAUUUGAUAGUACCCAAUAAAAUGUGUAAUAAUACCCAUAAGCGACUCCGGGUGUUCACAGAGCCAGAUCCGUAGGCAGCUGUCCGAUGGGAAAUCCAUGGAUACAGAUUCAAAUUCAGAAACAGAAGCAGAUGCAAGUGUUGCAAUUACGUAAUCUAUUUACUUUAUAAAAUAUUUAAUAUACGGAUAUACAUACACAUAAAUUAUAAAUCGAAGCGUACUUAAUACAAUUAAUUUUUAACAAAACGAAUGCAAGAGCA